CACACGGCGGAAGUGAUGGGAGACGCGCUGGAGGAGUCGGAGCUCGAGGAUUUGGUGCAUUUUUCGGCGCACGAGCUGCCCGCGCGCGGCUACGGCGUCAUGGAGGAGAUCCGACGUCAGGGCAAACUGUGUGACGUCACGCUCAAGGUGGGGGAGCAUAAGUUCAGCGCUCACAGAAUCGUUUUGGCGGCGUCGAUUCCGUAUUUUCACGCCAUGUUCACGUCGGACAUGGCCGAGAGCAAACAGGACCAGAUCCUCAUGCAGGGGAUGGACCCCAGCGCUCUGGAGGCUCUCAUAAACUUUGCGUACAGUGGGCACAUUGCCAUAGAUCAGCAGAACGUCCAGAACCUCCUGAUGGGAGCCAGUUUCCUGCAGCUCCAGAACGUGAAGGAGGCCUGCUGCAGCUUCCUCCAGCAACGUCUUCAUCCGAAGAAUGUUCUGGGAGUUCGUUCGUUCGCUGAGGCUCUCAUGUGCACGUCUCUGUACGAAGCCGCCAACAGUUUCCUUCAUCAGAACUUCGUGGACGUGUCGGAGUCGGACGAGUUCCUCACUCUGAGUCUGGAGCAGCUCCUGGAGCUGACGAGCUGCGACGAGCUCAACGUGAGGGCGGAGGAGCAGGUCUUUGAGGCGGUCUUGUCUUGGGUCCAUCAUGAUCCGGGGCGUCAGGAGGUUCUCCCGGAGCUUCUGGAGCAGAUCCGUCUUCCUCUGUGCAGACCUCAGUUCCUCUCAGACCGAGUCCAACAGGACCAGCUGCUGCGCUGCUGCCACAAGUGCAGGGAUCUCGUGGACGAGGCGAAGGAUUUCCACCUGAUGCCGGAGCUCCGCCCCCUUCCUGCGUUUAAGCUCCGCCCCCGCGUGUGCUCGUCUCUGAGUGGUCUGCUGUACGCGGUGGGCGGGCUCAGCAGCACCGGGGACUCUCUGAACCUGGUCGAGGUCUUCGAUCCCGUGGCGAACUUGUGGGAGCCGUGUCAGCCAAUGAGAACGGCCCGCAGCCGUGUGGGCGUGGCCGUGCUCAACGGUUUGCUCUACGCCAUUGGAGGAUACGACGGCCAAUCACGGCUCAGCACCGUCGAGGUCUACAACCCCGAGACCGACGCCUGGACCCGGGUCUCCAGCAUGACCUGCCAGAGGAGUGCGAUGGGGACCGUGGUCUUGGACGGGCACAUUUACGUUUGUGGCGGUUACGACGGGAAGUCGUCGCUGAACUCUGUGGAGUGUUACUCACCUGAGACUGACAGGUGGACGUUUGUGACGGAGAUGAGCGUGAGCCGCAGCGCCGCCGGAGUCGCCGUGUUCGACGGACGGAUCGUGGUGUCGGGCGGCCAUGACGGUCUGCAGAUCUUCAACACGGUGGAGAGCUUCAGUCGGCACAGCGGGCGCUGGGCGCCGUCAGGCUCCAUGUUGAAUAAACGGUGUCGUCACGGCGCGGCGGCGCUCGGGGGGCAGAUGUUUGUGGCGGGAGGAUACGACGGCUCGGCGUUUCUGAGCAGCGCCGAAGUGUUCCGCUCCGACAGCGGACAGUGGAGCCUCCUGGUGCCCAUGAACACGCGCCGCAGCCGGGUGUCCCUGGUGGCCUGCGGGAGGCGUCUCUUCGCCGUGGGGGGGUACGAUGGACAGUCCAACCUGAGCUCCACAGAGACCUUCUGCCCCCUGAGCCGCACCUGGAGCUUCUGCGCUCCCAUGAGCUGCCACCAGGGGGGGGUGGGGGUGGGCUGCGUGCCGCUGCCGCCCUCCUGACCCCGCCCCCUGAGCCCGACCCUGCGCGCCGUGGCCCCGCCCCCCGGACUCUGACCCCGCCGGACGUUCUGCCACACGAACAUUUUGGACCAAACCGAGACGAGACGAGACAAGAUGGAGGACGGUGCCGUUUUACACGCACGGACACGUUUACGUCAGAGUGACCCUGUGGUGACCCUGUGGUGACCCCGAGGUGACCCCGAGGUGACCCUGUGGUGACCCUGUGGUGACCCCGAGGUGACCCUGUGGUGACCCUGAGUGACCCUGAGGUGACCCUGUGGUGACCCUGAGGUGACCCUGUGGUGACCCUGUGGUGACCCUGAGGUGACCCUGUGGUGACCCUGUGGUGACCCUGUGGUGACCCUGAGGUGACCCUGUGGUGACCCUGUGGUGGUGACCCUCCUUGACCUUUGACCUGGGUCUGAGGGAGUUUCUGGAGUUUUUACUUGACAAACGUUCAGUGGAGACGCUGCUCAAACCUUUGGUGAAAUAAUCUAAUUUAAUAAUAAAUUAUUAAAACACGA